AUGGAAGGAGAAAAUCAGACCAGGGUCUCUGAAUUUGUCCUCUUAGGACUCUGGGACUCUCCAGAGCAGCAGCAGCAGCGGUUGUUCUUCUGGCUGUUCUUGUGGAUGUACCUGCUCGGGGGGGCAGGGAAUCUGCUCAUGAUCCUGGCCACUGGCUCUGACCCGCUCCUCCACACCCCCAUGUAUUUCUUCCUCAGCAACCUGUCCUUCGUCGAUCUCUGCCUCACGACCACCACGGUCCCCAAGAUGCUGCUCAACAUCCAGACCCAGAAGAAAACCAUCUCCUACGCUGGCUGCCUGACCCAGAUGUACUUCUUCCUGCUGCUGCUGGAUCUGGACAACAUGAUUCUGGCUGUCAUGGCGUUUGACCGCUACAUGGCCAUCUGCCACCCGCUCCACUAUACCUCCGUCAUGCUCCCCUCUCUGUGUGGCCUGCUGAUGGCUGUGCUCUGGGUUGUCGCCAACCUCUUUUCUCUCUUAUUCACCCUCCUAAUGGCUCAGUUAUCCUUCUGUGGCAACAACACCAUCCCCCACUUCUUCUGCGAUCUCAGCGUGCUGCUCAAACUCUCCUGCUCCGAUACCCACAUCGUUGAAAACUUGCUGUUAAUUGUAUCAGGCCUGCUAGGUGUGACACCGCUGAUGUGUAUUCUUGUCUCUUAUUCCCGCAUUGUUGCGACUGUGAUGAGAAUUCCAUCCGCCAAGGGGAAGCGGAAAACCUUCUCCACCUGCGGCUCCCAUCUCACUGUGGUGGCCUUAUUCUACUGUGCUGGUUUUGGGGUGUUUUUCACUCCUCCGUCCUCCCACUCCGGGGGGAAGGACACAGCCGCAUCUGUGAUGUACACGGUAGUCACCCCCAUGUUCAAUCCCUUCAUCUACAGCCUGAGGAACAAGGACAUGAAAGGAGCCCUGCAGAAGCUGGUCUGCAAGAACACAGCCUUGCCUCAUAAGCCUUGA